AUGUAGUAGAAUGCCGAAGAAGAGGAUGUGUUUUAUGAUGAAGAAUUCAUCCACAUCAUGUAAAAGGUCAUAGGUGAAUGUGAUGGAUUUGAAGAAUUAAAGAAAUACAUCGCAAUAAACAAACCAUCUUUCAAUUUGAUCAACACUUAAUUUUAAAAGGUUUUGGACCAAAACAAUAAAGAGAAGUUUGAGUUUAAUUUAUAAAAGAUCUUUGAAGAAUUGCUCAAAAACAAUGUUCAAAGAGUGUUCAUCAGAGUCUUAUUUCAAUAUUUGAAAAAGAAUAAAGACUAAAUGAAUUUGAAACAGCUUUCAAAUUCUGGAAUUGCAAAAAAUUGGAAGAAUUUAUAGGUUUAAGAGUUGUAAGAAUUCAUCGAGCUUUUCGAAUUAAAAGCUUAGAUAACUGAUGAGAAUUUGUUUUAACAUUUUCAAGAUUUCGUAAAUAAAAAGAAAUUUUAGGAUGCCUUUCAAUUUUAUUAAGCAUUACAAUUACCUUAGAAGUGUUUCGAUACUUUAAUAGAGUAAAUGGGAAAUAAUCAUGAUGCUGGCAGAGCAGCUGAUUUUAUUAUGAAAUUAGACUAUAAUCCAGCUAAUUAUCCAAAAAUAGUUGAGAGACUUGAAAAGAGUUGCACAAGAUAUUUGUAAUCAGAAUACCCUUGGUUUAAAUGUGAGGAAAUGUUAAUGUUCUCAAAAUCAUUAUUGGUGUAUUACUGUGAAGAUGCAUAUUUUCAUGGCAAAAAAAAUGAAGCCCUCUCUAUUAUAAAACGAAAUAACUUAAUAAAUGAAAUUAAGAAACCCAAUUUGAAGGAAGAAAUGGAAAAGGAUUUAAAGGGAUAAUUCGAAGAGAUUCCAAACGUAUUGUUUUUAAAGGAUGAAUUCAAACCUGCCGAAGAAUUUAUAAGCGAUGAAAUUGGUGUUUAUUUACAUUGCAAGGAUUUUGGUUAUCCUGAAAAUCAUAUUGUUAUUGUUGAUAAGAUUGAUCAGAAUUACUUGGAUGCAUGGAAAUGCAUUAACUAAAGUAAUGCUGUUGGUUAUGACUGUGAGCAUAUAACACCUUGGACUAAGCUAGAUUAUUAAGGAUUUAAAGUCUGUUUGGUUUAGAUUGCCACUUCUAAUCAUGUUUUUUUGUUUGACUAUUAAAAACUCAAAGAAUUUUAAGAAUUCAAAAAUGAUGUGUCUUAGUUGUUGGAGAAUGUCGAAAUUUUGAAAAUUGGGUUGAGUUUGAAGGAUGAUUUGAAGCAUACUGUAAACUACUUGAAAUUGAAUAAUAUAAUAAUUAGAUCAAUUAUAGAAUUGUCAACCUGCUUCAAAGUAUUAGAGGGGGAUCCCAAACUCAGAUCAUUGGCAUAUAUAUCAGAAUUCUAUUUUAAAAAGAAGUUAAGUAAGUAUGACACUUGUAGCAAUUGGGAAUACAGGCCAUUGAGAAAAGCUUAAAUUCAUUAUGCUGCCUUAGAUGCUAUUGCUUCGUUAUAGGUAUUUUAAACUAUGAAAGAGAAGAAUAAUCAGAUAAUCGAACAAGAGAAGGAUGUACUAUCUAUUGGUUGA